AUGGCGAAAGCGCGGUCCCCUCUAGAUUUCAACCUCAACUUUGGAGCAACCAGAAGGGUAACUUCCGGUGGUGCUGUUGGCGGGCAGAACGGGAUCGGUGGUGGUAUACCGACGUUGAGGCUAUUGUGUUAUUCGACAGCUAACCACAUUGAGGGAAAGUGGACUGUAACCUCGCCACAAAGAGCUUGGGGAUUUCUGUGUCGCCAGUGGAGCGUCUCCGGCCUGUUAUUCGUCUUAAACAACCGCCUAAAUCACUGUGUUUUCACUCGGGCCUGCAGUGAGCCCAUACAAGCGCUCCGGAGCUUUCUCUGUAAAGGUUCACUAGAGGGGCCCUCAAUAGUCGUCAAGCUGGCGACUGUAGCAGCAAAGAAGGGCAAGAAGGCUGAGGAGGAGGAGCAGCCUGCAGCACCGGAGGCAGCAGCAGCAGAAGCAGCAACAUCGGCUGCACCGGCGGCACCAGCUGCCGCAGAAGCACCACCAGCAGCAGCAGCAGGAGCAGCAGCAGCAGCAGCAGAAGAGGAGGAGGAAGAGGAGUAUGUGGUGGAGAAGGUUUUGGACCGCCGAGUGGUGAAGGGCAAAGCGGAAUUUCUGCUGAAAUGGAAGGGCUUCUCAGAUGAGGACAAUACAUGGGAGCCAGAGGAGAACCUAGACUGCCCCGACCUCAUUGCUGAGUUCAUGUCAAAAUACAAAGAGAAGGAGGAGAAAAAGAAGGAGGGCAAGAGGAAAGUCACGACCGAGGCCACAAAAGAACCCGAGGAGAGGGGGAGCAAGAGGAAGAAGGAAGAGGGUGAGAAGGCCAGAGGUUUCGGCAGAGGUCUGCAGCCAGAAAGAAUCAUCGGAGCAACGGACUCCAGUGGAGAGCUGAUGUUCCUCAUGAAGUGAGGGGUGUGUAGGGUUGCAGGGCAGAAAAUUAACAACACACUCUUGCCCUAGCGAAAGUGAAGAAAAAUCCCAGAAACGUUGGGGAGUGAACUGCCAAUGUUGCUGACAGAAGAAAAAAUGAAAAAGAUGUUUGUUUUUCCUGCCCUGGAAAGUGACGCAUCCUUUCCUCAAAAGAUGCUCCCGCCUGUAUCUUGACUGAAAAUGUGUUUUGUUUUGUUUUUGAGGUAGGUUGACACUUUAGAUUUGUUUCCCCUCACCAAGAACGUGUCACUCGAUGGGAACCGGUGCCUUUUCGUUCUGCUUGUUAUCUCUCUGUGUCGUCACAAGCCGAAUAUUGAACUGAAUACAGUGAAACGAUGGAAGUGUUUGUCUUCUACAUUGGGUGACAAGUGCCUGGUGUCGGAAAUGCAGGAACGCAAAUCUAGCUGUCAAACUACCUCUCUCAACACGCACAGAGCUGGAGCCCUUCAUUCACUGGCGACGCAGACUGAAUGUUUGGCUGCGGCUUUCCUCCCCUUAAAAAACAAACAAACAACGUAGCUGGCUGAGAAGACGAAAGACAAAGGCAGACAGAGAGGACACACUUCCCCUUCCUGCUUUGUCAGGAUUCAUCGGAGGGAACGUCUUUUGGAAGGGAAACGCAGUUAGGUUGGGUAUGAAUGAAAGAAUGGACAAAAACCAUUCAUUCAUCUUUUUCAGUAUCUGUUCUUUGUGCAACCUGAGUUCUCAUUAUUGCUGACGUGACGCUGUUCUUAAUUUCGAAACUCAAAACACCAAAUGACUGUGUAUUUCACUCUGACAUCGAUAUACUGACAGGAGGAGUGUGUGUGUGUGGGGGGGGCCCGGGGGGGCUUUACAGGCUGCAAGAACAGACCUCCACUCAUUGGCUUUGGCCUCGUGUCUUACCAGCCAGUGUGGCGGCCAACCAGCCAGUGUUCACAUGUCUUGCAGGUAUCCAUAAUUUCAGCCAUGGAUGAUGACGCUGCCCGACGCUUCAUUUUUCAUUUAAAAAAAAAAAAAAAAUUCAACUCUGUGUUGCUCUAUCUUUUCUGAGUGCUGUCUCUAAUCACCUGUAGCUUCUUUGUGAAUGUGAAACUGUCGAUUUGCCGUAUUUCCUACCCAACACGCUUCCUUAUACAUGCAAGGUGUGGAACAAUCAUGUUUUCUAUACAUGGGUGUUGCACUCACCUGAAUUAGUCUUGGAAUUUUCUUGAACAGGUAGAACUACUCGAUUAUCCCACAGUAUCUGUUUAGCAGCAAGCCAAACUGAUGAUUGUUGUCAUAACAGUCAUCUGUCAAUUAUUAUUUUCAUUUAAUAGUUUUGUUUAUAAGAUGUAAAAAAAAAAAAACACAUUUUCCCUUUAUCCAAGCUGAUGACAGCAAAUGUCUUGUUUUGUCUGAUAAACAGUCCAAAACUUACAUAUGCUGUAUUGUAGGAGUAGUACGUCCUCAUGUUUAAUUUUUUUCUUAAAACUGCUAAUAGCUGCUUAUUAAUAUUUCUGCCAAUCAUUUAAUAUAUUGAUUCCUGCAGCUCUAGUCACCUGCCAACAGCUAACUCUGAACCACAUGUACAGACCUGACAGGUGGCCGGUAAGCUUCCUAAAACCUCAUGUCAGUGUUUUUUUUUAAAUGUUCUGAAUAUUUUUAGUGAAACUGAGGCUGGUUGGUUACCGAGCGGCUGGCAGCAGAGUGUUCACACUUCACAGCUACACUAAAAAUCAGUAUUUUGCCUGGUUGUAAUUUUCCACACCGCUAAGUGGAAGCACUAAAGAGCAGCUGUUCAGCUCCUGCCUGAUUCAGCUGUGAUGCCUUGUAACCAGUAGAUGAACGGGGCCAAGUACCAUUUUUUUUAAAAGGAAUCCUUAUUUAAACAGAAUUUGUUUUUUAAUGAAACCCAAAUUUACUGUCAACCAACAGAUGUAAUUCCUCACAAUUGAGCAGCUGUUACCGACACCGUUCUUUGAGAAUUAAAAGAUUAUGUUGUAAAGGUGCCCCAAUUUAGGUACAUUCACGUAUUUUAAGAACAGCUUUUGACUCAAGUGUGAAAUAUGAUUCCUUAAGAGAAGUUCUGACGCUAAAAGAAGUGAAUUACGGUGGGAAUAGACCAGCUAUUGUCUGUACAUUUUUGGCACCCAGCAAGCUUGACAGGCUGAAACGGUGAAAGUGGCUCAACAAUUCUUUCGGCUGGUAGGCUGAGGGAAUGGCGGGGGAGGGGUUUCCUGAUGAGACCACGGCUCAGUCACUCGAUAGGUACACACACACCCUGUUAACACAACCGGGUUUCAUUCUGACGGAGGAAUUGAUUGAAAGUGUGUUAAAUGAUUCUUCAUUUCAGCUCCCUUGUUUAUUUUUAAACCCUUACACGUGCACACUCUCAACCACUUGUGCAUUUUGUAGGCUGUUAUUUUUUUAGCUUGCACAGGCCGGGCUACAUUUAAGACAUGAUGAGUAUGACUCAGCAUAUUAUUCACAUUUACAGAGUGACACACGGUUAAAACAGAUAUUUGCGUUUUUUCAUAGGAAAUGGAACAUUAUGGAAGUUGGCAUGAUUUGAAUGUGAACAUUUUAUACGAGGGGGGGCCAUUUCUCUACUGUGUAAUGUUUCCUACCAUGUAAUGUGUUAAAUGUAGCUCGGCUGUGCUUAUUUCUAUGUAUACUGUAUUAAAGUAAGCAUAAUAGCUCCCUGUUACCAGACUCAGGUUAGCUAGUUCAAAUCCUCUUCUCGGAACGGUUAACUUUCGCUGCUGAAAAUUGAGUUGAUGAUAACCCCCCCCCCCCCCCCCCCAGCACAGAACCCGUUUUAACAUAUCAACCUGUUCUUACGGAAUAUUUUUUUAAUGAGUCUCAACCUUCAAUGACAUGUUAUAGAAGAGAGAAAUAAUUUAAAUCAGCAGGUGAAAAAAAAUACUGACUGAAAUCAAUUACCCUUAAGAUAGCUGCUUGUGUGUUUGGAAUUAUGACGGUGAUAUAAUGAAUGCACUUACUAAAGAAUCUUUUUUUUUUUUUUAACUUCUGGCCUUUGGGGCUUUCUUGUUUCUUCGCCACGUAAAUCAGUAUUAAGUAUCUGACGGGCUUCUGUUACACUAUUCACCAUCGACAGGAAAGGGGUUGAAUUAGCUGCACCUGGGUCUGUUAGUUAGCUUUUCUAUCUCAUCUCUGAAGCUUUUCUCUGUAUUUAGCGGAUUAGCUUGUGUUGUCCUGUUGCAUGUUUAUCGGUUUACCUUACAAAGUCACUGUCAUGGCUGUUCUACUUUUAAUUGUCUGUUUUGGACAAUAAAGUUGUCUCGUUUUCGUACCUACUUGUAUUUUGGUGUUUCAUUUUCCUUUUCUGAUGGCACUCAAUAGGGAGGGUUUAAAAUCAAUAGUUUUUCUUUUCUUAAUUGCCACUGGGGUCCUCUGUCUUUUCAUAAAGUAUGCCACUAUACUGAGAAAUCCUAUUCAUAUUAUUGCAUAUCAGUAACCAGACAUGUUAAGUCACCAAGUGUUUGUAUGUGAAUCAAAUAAAACAUUUAAGGGGCUCAGAGAACUCGAGGAUCAUAAAAAUGAAAGGUUAAAAAAAAUGUAAUCUGUAUUAUUCUUUAAAUUUGUAAUUUCUAUGAAUUAUUGUCAGUCUUUCAAACUCUGCCCUUACUCUUUAUAAUUGAUUGAAUUCAUGCUGAAUUGUG